AUGAUCGGCAGGCCCAUGCUGCGGGCCACCUCGAGAAUAGGCAAUGUGGAAGUUCAGGAUAUCAUGAUAGGCGACGAAGCGAGUGAAUUGAGACAAUUGCUGGAGAUCAGUUAUCCGAUGGAAAACGGUAUUGUUCGAAAUUGGGAUGAUAUGAUUCUACUAUACGAGUAUAUCUUCGGGCCGAAAAAAAUGAACAUCGAUCCUCGACACGCGAAGAUACUUUUGACGGAACCACCUUUGAACCCACUGAAGAAUAGAGAAAAAAUGGCUGAGGUCAUGUUCGAAAAGUUUGGAUUUAAUGCCCUGCACAUAGCAAUACAGGCUUCUUUGACACUGUACGCUCAAGGUGAGUUUAUGUUCAAUGUCCAGUCUACAGGCGGAGAAAGCUCUUUGGCUUGUAGUUUUAACCGUUUCUUGAUCUACACAGUAGUCUGA